AUGAAUCUUCAUGCCGCCCCGCAACGGCCUGGGCCAAAGUCCUCAACACCCAGCCGUAGCAGCGAGGGGACCGGACCAACAAAGACUCGCACACUCGCUACGUCUAGCAAAAAUGCUGGCAGCAGGGUCCAAAGUCCGAAAUGGACUGCGAAAAGAACUCAACGACAGUUUUCAUUCCACACAAAACCUCUUAGCUCCCAAACUCGGCGCCGGCUGCCACAUUUGCCUGCUUUUCCUGACAAUUUAGACAAGUCGACGAACGCAAUACUGGAGCAUGAAAUCGUUGCGCCUCCGGCGGGGAGCCCAACUGAUCCAAGUCAACGGCAGGCAGCUGGCAGGCAAACAGCUGGAGACGAUCAAGGCAUCAAGUCACCUUUGCGUAUGUCUGCAAACGCAUCAAACUCACACUCGCCAAACCGUACUACUCCAAACCAUACUCCACAAAACACUGUUCCAAAUGCCGUCAUAACUGGCGAAGCAGAAUACGAGAUAAGGGUGAUGAGGGACAUCACUACUAUACAUGUAGGCGCCGUCGGCGUCACCAGUGCGCCCCGCUCCUUCGACUUGACAAAUUUGACUCUGUCGUCUGACGAGAGUGACGCGGCCGCCACUACUGAUUCGCCUACUACCAAGAAACGGUGGGACAUGAUAGAUGCGCCGCCGGACUUGUACAAAGUCGGGAGUUCCACGAGCGGUUAUACGCGUGGCCUCGCGCCGCCAGCCGAAAAAAAAGAGCCACCCUCAACGCCGAAAAAGCUACCAACACAAGUUUCUGUCUCAGACACUGGUGCGAGUCGAAUUGGUACGAGCCGAGAACCCAUAUACAUCGACAGCAGCGAUGAAGAAGACCAGCGUCAUUCCAAUGCCUGCUCACCUAUACGCAGUCAAGCUCUUGAAGAGUCGUCUUUCGAUAUGCCAACCUCGAAGCCCCGCGGAAUAUCGAUAGACGACAUAUGCUCACCGAGAAGCCCCCGGGCUACUUCCAUCGACAAAAACAAUGCAAGCGCCGAAGACGAGUCGUCUUACGAUAUGCCGAUUUCAGAACCCCGCGCAACUUCGGUGGAAGAUAUUUGCUCACCGGAAACAACACAAGCCCCUUCCCCUUUGUUUGACAAAUGCAAUGCAAGCGCCGAGAAUGAGCCACCGAAGAAUAACGUCGCGGUAGCUGUCUUGCGCAGGACUCAUGUCAGCAACAAACGUAAAUUUAGUGAAAGCAGUGACAAGACCGACUCUGCUGUCGUAAACCAACCUACACGAGCGCCGAGGCAAUUCGCCGCGAUAAGAGGACAGCCCAAGAGAUUCGACUCUGAUGCCUUUGAUGCCAUGAUAUACUGUCAGAGCGAAACACAACCACCACCAGGCCUUGCUAUUUCCCGCCCCCCAAUGACAUCAAGCGCGGGCCCUGCAGCGACGAACGCGUUCCCCCACGACGACAGGGUCUUUGUCUCAGCCAACCCGGCGAUCCACGGACCUGUGGAGCGGUCAGAUAAAUGGUGGAAAGACAAGACGCUGGAGAUUCGCAAACGGCCAAGGCGCAAGCAGUGGUUUGGCAAGGCGGCGGAGCGCAUGCGCUGGCUCUGCACCACGCAGCAGGAGGAGGAAGCGAAGCGUCGCGCACAGCCGAGAGGCCGUCAGACACGGCAAGACCCCCUGCCCGCCAGCUACAAGCGUGUAAUGGACUUUGGCGACGUGUCAGAGGACCAGCUGCCGACUGAUGUGCGCAACAACCCCGGCUGGGCUAGGGCGUGCGCGUGGAUGCGCAGCAUGAGGGAGGAGGAUGCGGCAUUGCACCGCGGUGUGGAAUACAGGACACAGAGGGCGUGGCAGCAUUAUCAGGACAUAUUGAGGGAAGCAGAAAAAUAG